AUGAAGUUUGAAAACUUCACUGUUUUUACUGAUUUUGUCUUGUUAGGGCUUUCUGCCAGACAGGAUGUGCAACAGGGCCUCUUUGCAUUGUUCUUCCUUGUUUAUAGCAUAACUGUAAUUGCUAACCUAGGAAUGAUCCUGCUGAUCAAGUUGGACAGCAGGCUUCACACACCUAUGUACUAUUUCCUAAGCAAUCUAUCCUUCUGUGACAUCUGCUACUCCACCACAGUCUCUCCAAAGAUGCUGGCUGAUUUCUUGUCUAAAGAGAAGAGGAUUCCUUAUAAUUUAUGUGCUCUUCAAAUGUAUUUUUUUGGGGCCUUUGCAGAUGCAGAAUGUCUCAUGCUAGCAGUCAUGGCCUAUGAUCGUUAUGUUGCCAUCUGCAAUCCCCUGCUCUAUACAAUUGCAAUGUCCAAGAUGGACACAGACAAAAUGGCCUCUGUUUUCUACACAGUUGUGAUUCCUAUGUUAAACCCACUGAUCUACAGUUUGAGAAAUAAGGAUGUGAAGGGAGCUCUGAAGAAGGCAAUCAAUAUUAACUUCUGGCCUGGGUGA